AUGGCUUCAAAGCUUCAAGCAGCAGGUGGUGUACCUGCUUCCAAAAUUUACAAAAAGCUCAAGAAAGUAGGAAAAGGCGCUUAUGGAUCUGUAUAUAAAGGAAUCGAUACAAGAUCGAAUAAAAUUAUUGCUAUAAAAGUUUUGAAUCUGGAUACAGAAGAUGAUGAUGUCGAUGACAUUCAGCGAGAAAUCAGUUUAUUAUCGCAAUUAACACAUGCUAAGUCGCAAAACAUCACACCUUAUUACGGAAGUUUCCUGAACGAUACGAAAUUAUGGAUUAUUAUGGAUUAUGCAGCUGGAGGGAGUGUUCGAACUAUUAUGAAAGCAGGAAAUAUUGAAGAAAGAUACAUCGCCGUUAUCACUCGAGAAGUUCUUCUAGCGUUGUCUUACUUGCAUAGGAAUCAAAUUAUUCAUAGAGAUAUUAAAGCCGCUAAUAUAUUACUAACGGCGGAAGGAAAUGUACAACUGUGUGAUUUUGGAGUUGCUGCUUCUAAUUCAUUCCGAAGAAGCACAUUCGUUGGUACACCAUACUGGAUGGCACCAGAAGUGAUCAGAGAAGGCUCCUCAUAUGACUUUAAAGCUGAUAUUUGGUCGCUAGGUAUAACAAUAUACGAAAUGGCUAUGGGGAAUCCACCUCUAUCAAACGUAGAGCCGAUGCGUGCAGUAUCAAUCAUCCCCAAAACUGCUCCACCAAGACUACCUGAUACUUUUUCUCAGCCGAUUCGUGAAUUUGUCGAAUCAUGCUUGUCAGAACAUCCCAGCGAGCGUUUAAAUGCUGAUGAGCUAUUGAAGUCAAAAUUCAUCAGGAAUAUAAUUAAAGUGCCUCGAUCAGCGUUGAAGGAGUUAAUAGCGAAGUACGAAAGAUGGAAGCAAACCAAUGGAGCAUCAAAAAGAUUCAGUAUUAUCUCAAACGAUAUCAGCGACAGGUAA